GGCUCUGACGACGACGAAGAAGAAGAAGAAGCAGAAGAAGAAAAUGUCUGCUCUCUCAGAUCUCGUCAACCUCAACCUCUCCGACUCCACCGAGAAGAUUAUUGCAGAGUAUAUAUGGAUUGGUGGAUCAGGCAUGGAUCUCAGAAGCAAAGCAAGGACCCUUUCUGGCCCUGUAAGUGAUCCUUCGAAGCUUCCCAAGUGGAACUACGAUGGAUCUAGUACUGGCCAAGCCCCAGGAGAAGACAGUGAAGUGAUCCUUUACCCACAAGCAAUUUUUAGGGAUCCUUUUAGGAGAGGCAACAAUAUUCUUGUUGUGUGUGAUGCUUACACACCAGCCGGAGAGCCGAUCCCGACGAACAAGAGACACGCUGCUGCCAAGAUCUUCAGCCAUCCUGAUGUUGCUGCUGAAGUACCAUGGUAUGGUAUUGAGCAAGAGUACACCUUGUUGCAAAAGGACGUAAACUGGCCGAUCGGGUGGCCGAUUGGUGGUUUCCCCGGGCCACAGGGACCGUACUAUUGCGGUGUUGGUGCCGACAAAGCCUUCGGCCGUGACAUUGUUGAUGCUCAUUACAAGGCUUGUUUAUAUGCUGGUGUUAACAUUAGUGGCAUCAACGGAGAAGUGAUGCCAGGACAGUGGGAAUUUCAAGUUGGUCCUUCUGUUGGUAUAUCUGCUGGGGAUGAAUUGUGGGUUGCUCGUUACAUCCUGGAGAGGAUAACAGAGAUUGCUGGAGUAGUCGUUUCUUUUGAUCCAAAACCAAUCCAAGGAGAUUGGAAUGGUGCUGGUGCUCACACGAACUACAGUACGAAGUCGAUGAGGGAAGAUGGUGGUUACGAGGUGAUCAAGAAAGCAAUUGAGAAGUUGAAGCUCAGGCACAAAGAACACAUUGCUGCCUAUGGAGAAGGCAACGAGCGUCGUCUCACUGGACGACACGAAACAGCCGAUAUCAACACAUUCUCAUGGGGUGUUGCGAAUCGCGGUGCAUCGGUUCGAGUAGGACGAGACACGGAGAAGGAAGGAAAGGGAUAUUUUGAAGACCGAAGACCAGCGUCGAACAUGGAUCCAUAUGUCGUAACUUCCAUGGUUGCUGAAACCACCAUCUUGUGGAAGCCAUGAGGAAGAAGAUUAGGUCUUCCAAAUUCAUAGUUUUCACUGUUUCAUCAUCUUCACAGUUAAUUCCUAUCCUUCUGUGUACUUUUAUUGUUAUUUUACUCUUCCAUUUGAGCUUUGCAAAAAGCUAAGAUUCCCGUUCCCCAUUACUCCCACCUCUGUGUCAAGUAUUUUGAAUAACAUAUGGUUUCUAUUACUAAUAAAAUUUGUUUGGCUUCUAUGUUA